GAUGAAGCACACGAAAAUUGUAAUUAAAUUAUUUUAAUAAUUAAAAAAGUUAAACAAUAUGCGCCGCACAUAACAAGCUUAACUAUAAAACUAGCAUGUGGAAUUAUAGACUCAACGCAGCAGCUGAAGCACGAAGAAGAAGAAAAAACAAAGACAAACAGCGCUCAUAUAAAGGCGUAUGCAAUUAAGUUACACGUAAGCCAUGGAGGAAGUGGAUAAAAUUAUACUACAUCAGCUGCAGCAGAUUGAUGAGAGUUUCACUGAGCCGCUGCUGGACUUUACGCCGGAAAUGGUAGUGCGAGCUGUGUCCAGUUGUCUGCUGGAAAUGUCUAGCAGUCCCACGACAGAGCAGCUGCCGCGUAAGCUGCCCGCAGCGGUGGCACAACGCUUUAGUGUGGCCACCACGUUGGCCGAGCGCUGCAAGCAGUGCGGCUACAGAGGCGACAUAGGCUACCAGACCUUUCUGUAUCCAAAUGCAGUGGAGCUGCGUCGACUGCUUAUGUUUCUCAUAGAGAGACUGCCACGAGAGCGUCAGCACUUGGACAGUCUAGCGAACAAGGAUCAUGCGCUUAAUGCCAGAGAACUGUUGCAACGUGAGGUGCGCAAGAAGCUGGCGGAGCAGCUAAAGGCGCCCUGGGUGCCGCAGUUUUGUCGCGCUGUGGCCAAUCGUCAAAAGCAAGGGGACAGCAGUCAGUGCAUUGAAUUUAGACCACACCUAAAUCUAAAUGUGCCAGGUGCAGACUUUAUGCAACGCAGCAAGGAGGUGCAGCAAUACUAUGACCAGCUGGCGCCCAAUUUAUUUGAACAGGUGGAGGCGAGCUCAUAUGAUCUGAUAGCAUCUGUGCUGCACAAGAAUGAUAUGGAACGUUGGGGUGAUAAGCUGCCCAAGACAUUGCUAAGCAUGAGUGCACCCUCAGAGGAGGAACCGCUGAGUCCUUUGCCAGCUGUAACGCAAUCGUCCGACAAACAGCAGACCUUGACGCCGGCACAGCAGCUCAGCGAGCAGGUGCAGCAGCUUAGACAGCAGGCAGAAACAUUACUGCAGCAGAGAAAAACACUGAAUGCCAGCAUAAGUGCCUUGAAAAGCAGAGAGAGCGAAGCUUCAGCGGAACUGGAGCGCUUGCAGUCUACAAUGAAGAUACACGAGCGCAGCUGCCUGGUGCUGGCAGAGCCAGAGGAAAAUAUAGCCAAGCUGGAGACGCUGCUGAGGGCGACCGAAGCCAAGCGUGAAACACUAACCAAGCAAUGGCAGGAUUAUCGCCAGCCCCUGCUUAGCACGCUUGAGAGUCUGAGGUCAGCACAGCAGACGCAACAAGUGCAAAGCGUGCGUCAGAGCAUUGAAGCCUUGGAGCAGGAACUGCUAGCCAAGUCACAACUACACAACGAAUUAACGCUGCGCAGCGCUGCCCAAACGGAGCUGCUGCCACGCAAGGAAUACACGCGUCGCAUACAUGAGUUCAUUGGCAACAUACGCAAGCAGCGCGCGGAUAUCUUCAAAGUGCUGGACGACACGCGUCAACUGCAGAAGCAACUCAACGUAGUCGCUGCUCAGCUGGAGCGUCAGUUUAACUAUACAGAUGAUCUGUUGUUUCAGAGCGCCAAGCAUGAUCUGCAUGCCAAGAAGGCAUACAAGCUCUUGGCCCAGCUGCAUGCGCAUUGCAGCGAGCUGGUCGAGUGCGUCACCAAUACGGGUCAGGUUAGCAAGGAAAUACGUGAGCUGGAGGUGCAAAUUGAUGCUGAAAAACUCAAGAAUAUCUUGACCAGCUUGCAACAGAUCACAGCGGACAUUGAGAAGUUUGAGCAGCAUAUACAGCAGCUGCAGACACAAAUACGCACAGUGGAGCAAACUGUUGAUUAGUUAACACAUAAAUGUAUGUAUGUAUUUUAGUCUCUCCAACUUAUUAUGUUUAUUAGUGCCAAUUCUAACGAAAUCACUUACGCCUAGCGUUAGUUAACAGUAGCCAACAUUCAACUUAAGUUCUAAAUAAACGGACCAUUAACAUUUACAAUAUUUAAUCAAAUUAUAGUCAAUAUAUACUUUUAAUA